UCCUGUUUCCUGUUUUCUUUCUUCUCAUCCUAUCACUACUUUGACAACUCAGUUUCCCCUGUCAGCCCAGGUCUUGAAGGCGUUGACAGCUCUCGACGCCCCCCUCCAUCACCCAUCAACAUCUCAACACUUUUCUUGGCCCAUUCAUAAACACCAAGACCAUCCGGCGUGCUUGUCGCUGUGUAUAUCCUGCACUAUUAUCAGUCUAUUUCCCUCUCUCUACGUCUCCCCUUCUUCAUAGGCGUCAACGGCUCUUCCAACGGCUACAACUAGUACGACGUCUCAAGCCGCCCUUUCCUCGUCUGCUUCGCCAUGUCAACUUCCGCCAACCCUUUACACGUUGCUGGUGGAUCACCGCAGUUCAUUGAUGGUGGCUAUAUCGAGCUCGUUGCUGUUAUCGGCACUGGCGCCUAUGGUGUCGUCUAUCUCGCCGUUGACUCAAGAUAUCCGCAGCCUGUGUACCGAGCGAUCAAAUGCAUGCGAAGAAGCGGUCUUGAUGAGCGUCAAAAGCACUUUCAACGGCGAGAAAUGGGUCUUCAUCGUCUCGCAUCAGGGCAUCCCAGCAUCAUCACGAUGGACAGAAUAUUUGAAGAGGGUGAUUAUAUUUAUGUUGUCAUGGACUACGGAGAUGAAGGAGACCUUUUCUCUAUGAUCACAGACAAGAAAAGAUAUGUCGGUGACAAUGAACUCAUCCGCAGUGUCUUCCUACAACUUCUUGAUGGAGUUACCUGGAUGCACUCUCUUGGUAUCAGUCACCGUGACAUCAAGCCCGAGAACAUAGUAUGCUCUCAGGACGGUACCCGAGUACGCAUCUGUGACUUCGGUUUGGCGACAUCAGAGGAGCGCUCGAGCGAGUUUGGUUGUGGUUCGACUUUUUACAUUGCACCUGAAUGUCUUGGAGACUGGUUCCCCGAAAACAAGACGUAUCCUACUCGUUCCGGCGAUAUUUGGUCCCUCGGUGUCAUUCUCGUUAACCUUGUCUGCGGGCGCAACCCCUGGCGAAUUGCCUCUCCUUCCGACGAAUCGUUCAACUCUUACCUGGCUGACCCCCAUUUCCUCCGUAAAAUCCUUCCUGUCUCCGACGAGUGUCUCUACAUCCUCACCCAAAUAUUCACGGUGCACCCUGAAGAGCGCAUUACUCUUCCUGUCCUGCGUCAGCUCAUCUCAAAGGUUGAGACCUUCAGCAUGACAGUGGACGAGCUUCGUCAUGCCCACAUUUCCGCCCAGCAGAAGAUUGCCGCAACUCAGCCUCCCGUUUUGCUGUCACUUCCAAAAGAAGACGACAGCUGGUCAGAGCAAGAAGAGCUCUUUGCGUACGAUGAUGACAUGGAGACUCCAUCGUUGCGAAGCGAUACUGAUUCACCACGAUACCCUCUUUGUCUUUCCCCUACUACCUCAUCCAACGGCGAAUCAUUACCACCGACGCCCAACCUCAUCCCCGACGAAUGUAUCGCAUUCGCUCAUCAGCCGCAAUCUCCUCAGUUCUGGGAAUACGUUCCCAAAGUGACCUUCGAAUAUGACAACCAACGUUCAACCGAUGUUCAUAUCAAAGGCUCUUCUUUGUUUACCUACAAUUCUACACCGACCACAUAUGCUCAAUAACAACUGGCGACUUUACAUUGUCUUUCUCAACUCCUUGAUUCUUCUUCAUCAUGCUUCAUUUUAGCACGCAUUUUUUGGGUUUAUCAAGCAUGGCAUAUCCAGCAUACACACGGCAAUAAUAUAGUUCUGACAUCUUGUUGAUAUUUUUAACGUUAGUAACGACCUGUUGAUGACAAUUGUUCAUUAGUUCCUCUUUGGUAUAGACCUGGGUAGGAUGUAAUAUUAUAUGUAUCGUUGUUUAAUCCCUAU